GGGAAUAUAUUAAAACCUUUUCUUUUCUUUUGUUUUUUGAGUGAUAUGGAGCCAACAAAUAGAGACGAAACUUCAUCAAUUUAUUUCCAUUGCCACACCACAACACAUAACUCAAAGAUACAUUUUAUCCUUAAAAUAUUUCUUGGUUACGAUUAUGUCUAAAAUGCUUACUAUAUCUUCCUUCUAUGUUUCUCUUUUAAUUUCCCUCUAAAGCUUUCUACUUUUCGCGGUUCCUCUCUCUCUAUCUCCGCCAUUAAAGGGUAAACCGAGCUCUUCAUUGUCGCGGCUUCUGAGCUUUCUCUACUCCAUUGAAACGGCUUCUGAGAGGUCAAGAUCAACCUUGUUAGAACUUGAAUCGAGUUUUGACACUCUUCAAUGCUUGGGCUAUGGACGUGGAUAAUUGUGCAUCAAAACACAAGUGCUUAUGUAAAGGGCUUAUGUAAAUUGGAAGAGGAAACUGAUAGCAUUGGUGAAGAGGAAAUGUUUUUAUCCUGAGAGGGAGAGAGUCAGCUUCAUGCAACGAAUGACACUAUACCCAUUCCAAGUUGUAUAAUUUGAGACUUGGAAGAACAUUAGAAAUAUCUUAGAGCUGGCUCCGACUCUUUAUUUUUCAGUCAAUAUACCAGCAAGGGCAGAUGUUGGAACUGCCCAAGCUAUUGGGCAAAUGGGCCCUUUGAUGAAAAAGGAGAUGGAAGUGUCAUGCAAGGUGACGAAGAAGGCAAUGCAUAAUGUAGAGAGCCAUAACUUUCCUGCUUCAAAACAAACUGAGAAAGGUUAUAUGUCUUGUCUAAAGAAAAAAAAUUAUUGCUCAACUCAUUGCCUUUCACUAGGGAAAUGUAAGCAAUUGAAUGGUACCCUCCAAGGACUUGGACCAAUUAAAGAAUGUAAUUUGAAAACAUCACUAGCUUUUGCUUCUGAGGAAUUGAUGCAAUUGCCUUCCUCAGAUUCUAAAGUGGACCAAAAGGCUCCAAUAGAUUCUUGUGAAGGUGGCUUUGUUGUUUUGGAAGCUUCUCUUGGGACUUCAGACAAGCGACUUGAGGAUGUUGAUUCAUUAUCAAUGAGCUCUAAUAGUAGGAUAACCAAUUCUAAAAGAGAUGCUUCUAGUGAGUCAGUUGUCUUGUUAGAGAAUCCGAUAGCCAUCUCAGGAGCUGGAUCUUUCUCCCAGAAACAUGAAAUGCAGCCGUCAUUGCUUGAAAGCCUCAAUGGACAUGAACUUUCUUUAUCAAAUCUGAAUGUUAAUGAUCCUUUCUCUCUGACUAAUGUCAGUCGAAAUAGUAGCAUAUUGCAUUUAUUAAAUUAUUUUCCACAAAAAGCUCCCACUUUUUGCUCAAGAAAGAAGCUUCUGAUUCUUGAUAUCAAUGGAAUAUUGGCAGAUAUAGUUUAUCCUCCUCCCAAGGGAUACAAGGCAGACACUAAAAUUGCAGGACGGGCAGUUUUCACUAGACCCUUCUGCUCUGAUUUCCUGAAAUUUUGCCUUGAGAGAUUCAAUGUGGCAAUAUGGUCAUCAAGAUCAAGGAAAAUUAUCGAUAGAUUACUUAACUACUUGAUAGGAGAUAUGAAAGACAAUUUGAUUUUCUGCUGGGAUUUAUCCUAUUGCACUGCGUCAAACUUUAGAACCUUGGAGAAUAAACAUAAGGCAUUGGUUUUCAAAGAGCUUAGAAAAGUCUGGGAGAGUUACGAUGAUCCUGACCUUCCAUGGAAGAAAGGUGAAUUAAAUGAAUCAAAUACAUUACUGCUGGAUGAUACUCCUUACAAGGCAUUGCUCAAUCCUCCUCAUACUGCUAUUUUCCCAUACUCUUAUGACUACAAAGACGGUGCAGAUGAUGCAAUUGGUCCAGGAGGGAUCAUUCGAGAAUAUCUGGAAGAACUAGCUAUGGCUGACAAUGUACAGGAAUAUAUAGAGCAACAUCCAUUUGGUCAGAGUGCUAUCACUGAAAGAAGUUUGUCCUGGCAAUUCUAUGACAAAGUUAUCAAAGGACAGAGUGCAGUGGCAGCCGGGGGUUAACCUGUUCUAUCUUUUGGUUGUCCAAUAUCAAAUUGAAUUUCAAAUAUAUCUCACCUCAUUCAAGAAAUUUUGCUUUUGUCUUGUCUUGCCUGAUGUGUUAUAUGCUGUACCUCACUUUUGUUUUGUUGCAAUGUAACAAAAACACCAUUUAUAUAGGAAGCAGGCUGAAAUAUAAAUUAUUUUUGAAAUCAA